AAAAUGGCUGUUUCUAAUAAACCAAAGGUCAUUCUUGUCUACGUAAAGGUCACUCUUGUGAUGAGCAAAAGUAAAAUCCAUGCUAUUAUUUCAUUAUCUAUAGGCGCGGCUAAAGUUUUGCAUUUCCAAAGAAAGUUAUGUCCUAACAUAUAAUUCUGUUAUCUCUAAUUGAAAUUUUUGCAUUCCACAGGAAGCACACGCUGUUAACAGAUUCUAUCCCUCGCUUCAAACUUGCAAUCCCAACAGAAUGACACACUCUUGUCUUGGUUACGAGUGGGUUUUGUUAAUAUUCUUUCAUGCGAUUCUUCUGAUGUCCAUGAGCUCAUGUUUGAAAUCUAAAACAGUUCCUGCUCUGGCAAAUGAGACUGAUCGCCUGGCUUUACUUGACUUCAAGAAUCGGAUCACUCAAGACCCACUUCAAAUCAUGAGCUCAUGGAAUGACUCUGUUCAUUUCUGCAACUGGUUAGGUGUUACAUGUGGCCCUUCCAGUAAACGGGUCAUGGCUUUAAACUUGACAGCUAAGAAAUUGUCUGGCUCCAUACCACCCUCUAUAGGAAAUCUUACUUACCUCACAGGAAUCUACCUACGAAACAAUAGCUUCUACAAUGAAAUUCCUCAAGAAGUGGGGCGUCUACGGCUCCUGCAGCUUCUCAAUUUGAGCCGGAAUUCCUUUGGUGAUUCCAAACCACCUCAGCUCAUUGUCAAAGUUGGUGAUACUAGAUCUUGGCGAGAACAGCCUAACAGGAACUAUCCCAGCUUGGAUAGGAAACUUUUCUUCUUUGUAUGCCCUUAGGCUUCCUGAAAACAAUUUUCAAGGAAGCAUACCUGGUGGACUUGGCCGUCUAUCAAGGUUGGGAUUUUUCAGCCUUUCGGAGAAUAAUCU